GGCCAGCUGCUUCCUGGGAAUAACUUCACCACAGAGUGCAACAUCCCUGGAAACUUCAUGUGUGGAGAUGGGAAGUGUGUACCAGGCGGCUGGCAGUGUGACGGAUUACCAGACUGCUUCGACAAGAGCGACGAGAAAGGGUGUCGUAAGUUCCGCUUCAUAUCCACUAUCAAAUCUCGUUUUAGGCUCUCCAGCUCUCAUCUUGCACUUCCCCUUCAACGUGGGCGGCAUCAGCUGUGUAUCAUCGCGGCGCCAUUUGAAAGCGCGGUGACUCAGAAUGCAGAAAACCUGCGUGGUGUGGUCAUUGCACUGUCUAAGGUCAAGUCAAAGUGUGCCCCCACAUUCUUCGCCUGCGCUAACGGGGUCCACUGCAUCGUCGGAAGAUUUCGCUGUAAUGGCUUCAGCGACUGUCCUGACGGGAGCGACGAGGAGAACUGCAGUAAUUUAAGUCUGGUCUCAAGCAACCCUCUGGUGUGUUCGGAGGCUCGCUUCAAGUGUCGAAAUGGACACUGUGUAGACCGCAGCUUCCUGUGCAACGGUGAGGACAACUGCCUGGACAACAGUGAUGAGGAGCUCUGCCAGACCACUGCAGGAAGAACUUAG